UAAGCUUUUCUACUAUAUUUGAGAUUGCAAUUAGGCUAAGUUCUUAUAGUGUUUGAUGAUGCAACCUUAUGUGAGAUCGCAAUCAGGCUAAGUUAUUAUUUGUAUGGAGUGUGUGUUUUAGAGGCUUGAGCACAAAUGCACAAUCUAGCUUAUAGGAGAUGCAAUUAGUCUAAGUUCUUAUUUUACGCGUGUUUGAUGAUGCAGAUAAACACAUUUGUUUGAACUUUCUGAAUGACUUUUUCCUGAUUUUGUAAACUCAGUUUUGAAGAAACAGCUAUCCUGUUCAAUGCUUGCGUGUUGGAAAUUAUAUUUGGUUGCAUCAAAAUCUAGAAUAUGGGAUUUAAAAUCUAUGAUUGCUACCUUCUAAUACCCCGUUUAAGGGCAAAAUUAAUUAUUUUUUAUUAGUUUAACAAUGUCCUUGAUGUGAACGUUAUCCCACUCAUGUCCAAUAUUUUUAUCAGUUUAUUGCUAAAUCUACUUCCAAAACUCCAAUUUUGCAAUGGUUGAAGACUUCAGCUGCCUCAUUUUUACCCUACUUUAAAAAUCAGAAUGGUUGUUUUUUCAGUUCUUUGAUGAGCUAAAUUUGAACUGGACAAAUAGUUUCUAAUUUGUUUAUUUAAUUCACUAGAUCAAACCCAAUGAUGUCAUUUUCAAUUGAUGACAAAGCUUGACAAUAUACGCGGCGAUGCGUGAAGCUCAAUGUCAACUGCAGGAAUAAGCGAAUUUGAGUGGUUGUUUUAUGUCUUAUAAAAGGGUAAAGACAUUUAGACAUCAGAGACUCAAAGUUCAUAACCCUCUCUUUUCCUGAACUAUUGAGACAUCAAAGUCUCAAAGUUCAUAUUUUUUUGGUUUUUCUUGUUGUAAAUAUAUAUUCAUUUCCUAUCUUGUUGUUUAUCUUGAGCUUUUUGCAUAUAUCUGCAAUUGUAUAGUUUCCUGCCACUUUUGAUUAUCCCAAAUAUAUCUUCUCGUUAUUUGCUGAAAACCCCAAUUCAGAAAAGAUGGCUGGUAUUGAUAUAGAGAGUCAACAGAUUAACCCUCAAAGGAGUGAACGAGUGCCCUUGCUACAAGAUCAUCCUUUGAUUAUAACAAAGGAUGAUACUAACACAGCUUCAUAUUUAAGUGGAGUCUUUAAUUUGUCAUGCACCAUAGUUGGUGCAGGGAUAAUGAGCUUACCAGCUGCCAUGAAAGUACUUGGUGUUAUCCCGGGGGUUCUUUUGAUUUUUAUUUCCGGAUUUUUGACUAAGUACUCUGUUGAGAUAUUGCUUCGCUAUAGCGAAAAGGAAGGAUCAUAUACCUACGGGCAGCUCAUGUAUGAUGCUUUUGGAAGGAUUGGAGAGAUUUUGUUUCAAAUUAGUGUCAUUAUCAACAACACAGGCAUUACCAUAAUUUAUUUGAUAAUAAUUGCGGAUGUGAUAUCUGGAUCAACAACAAGUGGAAUUCACCAUUCUGGUGUUUUAGAAGAGUGGUUCGGAGAACAAUGGUGGACAGGCCGCGCCUUUGUGCUGAUUUUCCUGACUGCUUUUGUAUUGGUUCCAACAGCAUGGAUUAAGCGUAUGGAAGCUUUGCAAUACACCUCUGCAAUUGCAGUUGGUUUGGCUGUGUUUUUCAUUCUUAUUGUCAUGGAAAUCACCUGCUACAAGUUGGCAAUGGGAACAAUAAAGCAACCAGCACUCUUUCCACGUAUAGAUGACUAUGCAUCUUUUGGGAAUCUAUUCACUGCAGUUCCUGUGCUUGUUUGUGCAUACCUUUGCCACUAUAAUGUGCAUACAAUACGAAAUGAGCUACAAGAUCCAUCACAGAUGCCGGGAGUAGUGAAGUCUUCUCUUUCUGUGUGCAGUACAAUCUACAUAAUGACAGGGUUAUUUGGAUUUCUUUUAUUUGGAGAUUCGACUGCUUCUGAUGUGCUCUCUAACUUUGACUCUGACCUUGGUGUCCCAUACAGUUCAGUCUUAAAUUCUAUGGUUCGUCUGAGCUAUGCAGCCCACAUUGUUCUUGUAUUCCCUGUUGUCUUCUAUGCCCUAAGGCUUAACUUCUAUGGUCUUGUAUACAACUCGGCCAUUCCAUUGACUUCAGAUAAUCGGAGAUCUGCAUUUGCUAUUAUCACAUUGAGUUUAAUCCUUGUAAUCCUGUUAGGGGCUAUUUUUAUUCCCAGCAUUUGGGUAGCAUUUCAGUUUACUGGGGCAACAGCUGGAGCCUUGAUCUUGUUCAUAUUCCCUGCUUCCAUUGUUCUCAGGGACCAUAUCGGAAUCUCAACAAGGAGAGACAAGAUCCUUUCAUGGGGUUUGAUCAUUCUUGCUGUAUUGUCGGAUCUGGUGGCUAUAUACAGCAAUGCGGUUUCCUUGUUUUGAAGUAUCUGUUUUUUCCUAUCAGUUAUUGUAUUCUUUUGUCUGUGUUACUCCCAAAUUGGUGGUUUGCCUUAUUUCAUGUUUAAUAGGAACUUUACAUCCCACAUUUGAAAAACGGGGAGGGGAGGGGUUGGUGUGUUGGUACGACAAAUGUACUGUAUAUGUAGUAGAGAAAUAUUCAAAAUACUGUCAAUAUGUUCUAUCA